UCCAGCAAACCUAGGGUUUUAUGAGCCGCCGCCGAGUAUAAAGCGCCGGGCUCCGAGCUGUUCCAACCUUCCGCAGCCACCACCACCCCAACCCACCGGAGCAGACGAAGGCGGCGCCGCGGCGACCUCAUCUCCGGCCAAGGGAAAUGACUACCGUUCCGGGGUCUCUGGUGUGGGAGCUCGUGAAGAAAAACAACUGCUUCUUGAUCAAGCAGUUCGGCAACAGCAACGCCAAGGUGCAGUUCAGCAAGGAGCCAAACAACCUCUACAAUGUCCACUCCUACAAGUUCUCUGGCUUGGCGAACAGCAAGACCGUGGCGGUCCAGCCAUCAGCGGGAGAGGACAAGGCUGUCGUCCUGUCCACGACCAAGACCAAGAAGCAGAACACCCCUGCCAAGCUCCAGCACAAGACUCUGAUGCGCAAGGAGUUCCGCAAGAUGGCCAAGUCCGUCAAGAACCAGGUCUGCGACAACUACUACAGGCCUGAUCUGACCAAGCCGGCCCUUGCAAGGCUGAGUGCCGUGUACCGCAGCCUCCAGGUUUCCAAGUCUGGAAUCAAGAAGAAGAACAGGCAGCCAACUAAGCUGUAAACUCAUUGAGAUUGCCUUUCAGCGCUCAUGUUACCAUGUCUGUUCCGACAGUUUUGAGUCAUAAGUGAGACCCUUGGAGGAACCAUGUUACAAACCCGCCCUAGUUUGUACCCUGACAGUGUUAGAAGAAUUGUUUGUGUCGAUCUAUAAUUAUUGUUUGAUUUGCACUA